CUUGGAGAGGCCCUGCACUCAGGGCCUCUGUCCCACCUUUUCCAGGUUCACAUGGACAAACUGAUAACAAAGCAGAAGCACAUCUGGAAUGAUGAGUUCUGGCAGAACCCCUGGGACCAGGGGGCCCUGGUAGUAAUCAUCUUAUUCAUCACCACGAUUCUGUUUCUCACCUUCUUCGCUAUUCUAUUUGGUUUACUCUCUCCAGUUGAAGAGGUCAACGAGUGUGAAGAGUCAUGA